AUGUCGUUCUUUUACCGCCUCACGGCACUUCUGUGCUUCGCGAGCUUCGCGCUCUGCAAGUCGAUCCCACGGCCCCUCGCGCGCGAUCCGAAUAACAUAGGCGGCCACAUCUUAAAUGGAUUAGCAUGGAAGCAGGCGAGCCCGAGCGCUUCGUUACAGAGCCUUUCCUCGGAGAUUUCGAGCAACACAGCGAUUUUUUCAGUCUCUUCGUCCGACGGUGCUGUCUCGAUUUCAUCCAGUGCGGUGUCCAGUUCGUCCAGUGCUGUCUUCACUUCGUCAAGUGCUAUAUCGAGUUCGUUAAUUGAGGAGAGUCCCACGGCCACUGUUACCGCUGCAAAUCCAGCAGAUACCAUAUGUGGUGAUAUCAUAGACGCUGUGAACGAUGGCUCCGUUCUGUUUUGGGCAAGCGAUGCUCACGCGUGCUUGUCGUCGGUCCCCUUCAAUCCUGCAGUCGCAGCUCGCUUCAUCGACUACUUCAACACUACCCUUCAGUUCCAUAGCACCAUCGCCUAUCUCAAAGAUCCCCCAACUGGAUAUCAGCAGCCCGCGGUAGAUGUGCUUGAGGGUCUGCGACUAAUCCAGCAGAACAUCACCGCCGGCACCUACAAGAGCCAGUAUGCUUUCGAGGCCGAUCUCCAACUCCUCGUGUAUGCUUUUCACGAUGCUCAUGUCGACCUCACGGCCGGAGUGCUUUCGGCCUUCUCUUUUGCUAGUCCAGUCGAAAUAGCAUCCGUGUCGAAAGAUGGCAAAGAAGCACCCAAGCUAUAUAUUACACAAGAUCUAAUCGACAGUCCGGGACAAGGAUGGGAGCCGUUCCCAAUCACGGAAAUCAACGGCGAGGAGGCUGUCGACUACUUGACUCGAUUUGCAGCCCUUAACUCCAUUGGCACCCUCGAGCCUCACGCGGACUGGAAUCUACUUAUGAGCAAUCCCGCGUUAGACAUCCAAGGUUUCUUGAACACCUUUUCCGGUGGUGCGACUUUCUAUCCAGGUGAAAAUUUGACGUUCUCAUUUGCGAAUGACACCACCUUGGAGACUAUUUGGCUCGCUAUUUACAACAAUCCAAGUCCAACCGGACCUUUGACGACCGGGGGUGAUUUCUACAACUACUUUGUUCUUGGAUUGCUCCCAGCAUCGUUUGAACCCGCUACAGCCUCCAGCAUCCCCAGUGCAGUUCCAACUGCAACGCCCACAAACACUCCUACGCCGACCUCUUGGUUCAAUGAGAGCUACGGCGCAUACCCUGAUGAUCCCGAUAUUAUCCAAUUGGACCUCUCCAUUGGCGGAGGUGGCGUUGUUUCCGGCUAUUACCUUCACAACAUAUCUACCGGGGUCCUCAGCAUUCCAACCUUUGAUCAAUUUGGCUGGAACAUUGGAAACUUCUCUACGGCGGUACGAGCAUUCAUCGAUGGCGCUACAGCGGCCAAUCUGUCCCGAGUUGUGAUCGAUCUUCAGCAGAAUACUGGUGGGAACGUGGAGCUGGCCUUUGAUACCUUCAGUCAGUUCUUCCCCAAGAAUGAUCCUUUCGCCGGUAGUAGAAGACGUAGCCAUGAACUAGCAAACAUCAUCGGAGGUGCCACCACCGGAUACUGGGAUUCGUUAUCGGAUGAUGAUGACGAGUUUGAGAAAGAUUCUCUUGCUGCGAAUGAAUGGGUUGUUACAGAUCGCCUGAACGCUGAGACGAAGCAGGUGUUCACUAGCUGGGCGGAGUAUUUUGGUCCAUUGAGUAUCCAGGACGAUGAGUUUUCCUUAACCGAGCGGUACAAUCUCUCAGACCAGAGAUACAGCGAGGCUGCAUUUGACGGAUGGAUUCCGUACGGAUACGGCCCAGACAAUCAAAUUUCUACACCACAGCCGUGGAAACCCGAAGACAUAGCCAUAUUAACCGACGGCAUAUGUUCAUCGACAUGCUCCCUUUUGCUGGAAAUGAUGACCCAGGCUGGCGUUCGCACAGUCGUCGCUGGUGGAAGGCCCUCAGCAGGUCCAAUGCAAGCUGCUAGUGGAAACCGUGGAGCGCGCGCCUAUUCUGCGGAUGCUAUCGACGGUGAUAUCGAAUUCGCUAGCAGCAUAAACCAAACAGCCAAUUCUUCACUACCGCAAGUGAGAGAAUCAGGCAUGUACACAAUCUUCGCCGGUAUAAACCUCCGUGAUCAAGUCCGGGCGAACGACACUACGCCUCUACAGUUCAAGUACGAGGCCGCCGAUUGUCGUAUUUACUACACCUUGGCCAACAUCUACAACAUUGAGAGACUAUGGAGAGAUGCCGCUGCUGCUACUUGGGACGAUAAGUCGCUUUGCGUCGAAGGCUCAACUGGCUAUGCUGCAUCAGCCAACAAAGGCACCCCAAAACCUCCGCCUCCAGCAACAGCGCAAGCCCCUACCCUAAACGUCGCCGAGCACGCGGAAUUCAACCUCGAGCCGACAGGAGGGUUGCCCGAUGGGAAGGGUAUCCCCAAACGCAACUCCCAGAUUCAGUCCUGCAACAGUCAGUUGACUUGCGACGACGGCAUUUCCAGCUGCAAGGAGAUUCUCGUAACGUGCUCAAACGGUAAGAGGAUCUUCGCCAACGCAUGCCUGCCUCCUUGCCAGAAUCGAGAUGGGAGCGAUUCGUGUCAGGGCGCCAAUACGUUUUGCAACAUACAAAGCACCCAAGAGAGCAAGGCGGCGUCUGGGUUUUCAAGUGCGAAAGCCGCUGGAGCGAGGACGCAGUUUACGAAGUUUGACAGCUCCUUGCGGACGGGGUUGUGCAUGCCUACUGUUGGUAACCCUAAUCUCGGUUGUCCUAAACCGAAAGCGUAA